UUGUAGCGAUGUUUUAAAUUCUUUGCGUGAGUCAACUUAAUUGAAAGUACACAAUGCCCUUAACACAUCCAGCCGAGGGGAUUGGAACAAAAACCUCAGCGCCGAGAAUAAUAUUCAUUUGAGAUUAUUUUAGCUCGCCGGAAGCGAUACAAUGCGGCGUUAUAUUCAGCGACGGGUAAAGUGAACUUAAAAUUAACAUUUGCAUAGUCAGCUGAUUCGAAGAUGUACUAUCGACAGGUUUUGCCACAGCAUCUUAUAUUGUUGUUCUUCUUCUGUCCUCGAUCAAGUAAAUCGUUGCCGACUCUGGAUGACAAUCGUAUCACUUUACAAUGCUUAGAGAAUUACAUGCUUCUUAAAAUGGACUUGCAAGAUUUACCAAUAAUUGAACCAACUUCACUUCACUUAAGGCACUUUUCUUGCAGACCACAAGUGAUUAACACCAGUGCUUUAUUUCGGGUACCCUUCCGAGGCUGCGGGACAACCCUCGGAAUAGAACUCGAUCACAUUGUGUAUCAAAAUGUUGUGGACAAUUCGCAGAAGAUGAACGGAUCACGCAUGGCGGUUAGGCACGCCCCUGAACUGUAUUACCCGUUUGUAUGUCGCUAUCGACAGAAAUACAUUGUUACUUUGAAAGAAGGAAGAGGGACGGAUCAAAACAGUAAAACUGGCCGUGAAAAUAGAAAUCAGACAACAGAAGAUAUUCCUAAGGUUGUGUCAAAUUCGUCAAGUAACACUUCUCCUUGGAUGCAUAACGUUACUUGGCUCACUAUUAUUUUUGAACUUAUGUGGACCUUGCUUCGAAUUGUGCACUAAUCUCUGAUGGACCUGCGGUACCCUUCCACUCUGAAAAUGAUUGUAUUCUCAACCGAGGAACAUUGCCUUAUUGUUUUUCGCUUUGGAUAAGCAAGUGCCUGAGGAUCAUCUGAUUAAGCCAUGGUGUGAUUGUUUCCCGCGCUACGUAUACGUAGUACAUCAUCUUCUUUAAUGGCCUCGGUUGUAAAAAAAGUAAUGGAUCUUAAAAUCAAGAGUCUUAUCAAGAUUGGUGUGUCUCUUUUUCGGAGAUCACUUUAUUAGAACAAAAUGCGUCUAUUGCAUCAGAUUAAACAUUCGUGAGAUAUAUUAUGCUGGGUGUGGCAAUGAAAUGGAAGUAGAAAUCUGGUCGGUAGUUGCAGGAACCCUGCUUUAUCUGAUCUCUCUGAACGAUGACAGUUUUCAAGCAGUCGUUUUGCAGCACAAAGAUGUGCCUCAAAGAACGGCUGUACUUACAGGUGAACAAUUAAACACAGUGUUUUCUGCAAAUGUAGCGCUUUUCGUCCGGUAUCAGCUGAAUGUUGGCUUCCCCAGCCAUUGCAAUUAUUUUUUGAUCUAAAUAAUAACCAGGGCAUGUUUGUUAUUAAAUAUCCUGGUUACCUAAGUUUACAAUUGGAAUUAAAACUUGUGAAUAUUUUGGGUUGAUUUAUGACCAUGUGGACCAUUCAUGCAGGCAAGAUGGUCGCAUUGCUCUCUUUGAAUUGAAAAUAAAGGCUUUUUCA